AUGCGUUACUACAUGUUUUUGGUACUGGGGACCUGCCAGGUCUAUAGCUACCCUCAGAUUUUCGCGCAUGCAUCUGAUUUGGGUUUUGGGAAUUUUUGGUCGUUGAUUUUGAUGGAGAGUCUCAUCUACUGGAUGCCCACGGACAUGACGGUGCUGCUUGCCCUUGGAUUCUGCUCCGCCGCUGCUGCUCUUAAUAACUACUUUCGUCGGUGCAAAAGCGUCUUCCCGGAGGCAUUAGCUUCCGUCCUAGUCCUUGCUUUGGCGCUGGCAAUACUACCCCUCUGGCCGGCUUGGCCCCUGUGCAGCAUUAAGGUCGAUGAAGAGAACUUGGCAGCGCGAUUGAGAUUGGAAGAACAACUCUGCGCCUGUCUAGGCUCGACUCUCACGACCACGUUGGGCAUGGCGUGGCUGUCAAAUUACAUGCCCAUCUGUGACGACGACGACGACGACAGCGCGACGACAAGGAGGGAGGAGAAUAAGCAACAAGUUGAGCCACCAACGGCACCGGCUUCUCUGCAUCUUCCUGCUACUCUUCAAUCCAAAAGAAAUCAGCAGCAGCAGCAACUCACAACGAGACGAAGCACAACUAGUGUCAAUGCUUGCGCAUGUAAAUGCGUGAACUGUGUUCAAUAUUGUGUAGGUAGGUAG